AUGAGAAUUCCACAGGUUUUUGCUUUUGUGGCAGCCGCAGCUGCGGUGACCAUUCCAAGCUCUAGGCAGUCAUCUCCUGCCUCCCUCACAAAUGUGACCAUCUUCUCGCCACCCUCCGACUACAUCGUGCCACGAACGCUUUACCCACGGAACGAGCAGCUUCCCAACGGCGACCUUCUUGCCACAUGGGAAAACUACUCACCAGAGCCUCCCGCAGUAUACUUCCCCAUAUACCGCUCCAAUGACUACGGAAAGACCUGGGAGGAGAUCUCCAAGGUCCAUGACACUGUCAACGGAUAUGGCUUGCGUUAUCAGCCGUUCCUCUACUCCCUGCCUGAGCGCGUCGGCUCGUUUGAAAAGGGUACUCUACUUCUAGCUGGUAGUAGUAUUCCUACUGAUUUGUCGUCCACGCACAUCGAUCUGUAUGCGUCGCAGGACGAUGGUGUGAAUUGGAUAUUUGUCAGCCAUAUUGCUGCUGGAGGAGAGGCAUUGCCGAACAAUGGACUGACUCCUGUAUGGGAGCCAUUCUUACUCGCCCAUAAUGGCAAGUUGAUUUGUUAUUACUCGGAUCAGCGAGAUAAUGCAACCCACGGACAGACUAUAGUUCACCAGGUCUCAACUGAUCUAAAGACCUGGGGACCUGUUGUAGAGGAUGUCGCCUAUCCGACAUAUACCGACCGACCCGGCAUGCCAGUUGUGACCAAGCUCCCGAACGGUCAAUACUUCUACAUCUAUGAAUAUGGUUCUUUCUUUGGUACUGCAAGCUAUUCUUUCCCCGUUUACUACCGUUUGUCGUCCGACCCCGAAAAUAUCGCCUCCGCCCCGGGCCAGCGUCUGGUUGUUUCGAGUGGUACUCGACCGACAUCUUCGCCUUACGCUGUGUGGACACCAUACGGUGGUAAAAAUGGCACCAUUAUUGCCAGCUCCGGUACACAGAGUACUUUGUUUAUUAAUAAAGCUCUUGGUGAAGGGGAGUGGACAGAAAUCGCCUCGCCCGAAGAACACGGCUACACGCGGUCUCUACGGGUACUGUCGGAGGAUGGGGGUCGAUACUUGGUCGUGCAUUCCGCGGGAGUGCUAUCUGGCACCAAUAAUCGGGUCUCCGCAAGUGUGAUGGAUUUGAAAGAGGUAUUGUAA